AAAUACGAAACCCAAAGAAAGAGAGAAACAGACGGGAAGAAACCAACAAAUCUGCGCGUCCAAGAAAGAGAAGAAGAGAAGCAGAAGAAACCCAACAAAUCUCAGAGGAAAGUAGCAAAAACCCAUUACAAUGGCCGGGUUCUUGGGUUCGAUCAGGUUUUCAGCGAUCUGGGUGGCGGCGAUGUUGGUCUUGACGGUGGUGGUGAGCCAGUCGUGGGCGGUGGAAGCGAGUGGGAACCACCAGCACAUCCUGGGGUGGAUACCCAUCAGAUCGAACUGCAAGGGGUCCAUAGCGGAGUGUUUGGCCGGAGAGGAGGAGUUCGAGCUGGAUUCCGAGAUCAGUAGGCGUAUUCUAGCCACCACCAAGUACAUCAGCUACGGUGCACUGCAGAAGAACACCGUGCCCUGCUCCCGACGCGGCGCCUCCUACUACAAUUGCCAGCCCGGAGCUCAGGCCAAUCCCUACACCCGCGGCUGCAGUGCCAUUACAAGGUGCCGAAAUUGAAUAUUUUUUUUCCUUUUUUGUUGGCUUUUAAUAUUCUUUUUUUUUUUUUUGACAUUUUUCCUUUUUGUCGUAAAUGAAGAAAGAAGGUUAAGUAAUGAUAUCGGUCUGUGAUGUUAUUGCUGGAUGUAUUGUUGUUAUAAUUUUUAAGUAUAUUCGAAUUGCUCUGUAAAAGAUUAUUGUAAUUUUUAUUUUAUUUUUCCUACAUGAUCUCUAGGUUUCUUCUUUUUAAUUUUUUUUUUUUGAAAAAAAGCAAGUUUUCCAU